ACCUGUUGGAGUUCAUUAAGACACAGUUUAUUUUACCAUAGCUACAUCUCAAUGUCCUUUGAAGACCUUCUAGGGUCAUUUUCAUGCUUUCUGGUAGAUUUCUCUUCUGCCUAUGAUGCUGUCGAUAGGUUGAUUCUUGCAAGUUUCCAGGGGUAGUGCUUUUUGACCUUAUACCAAAUUCUGGCACUUGCCCAGUCACAGGCGGUGGUACUCCAUGUGGAAACAACUGUUUGAAAUGGCUUGGGGCUGAUACACAUCACAUCAGGAGGGUUCAGCUGUUGCAAAAAUAAUUGGUAAUAAUGUCAAGAAACUUCAGAAGUUUGCCUCCACAGUCAAGAUGUGGGUCUUUGAAGAAACAGUUAAUGGCAGAAAACUGACAGACAUCAUAAAUAAUGACCACGAAAAUGUAAAAUAUCUUCCUGGACACAAGCUGCCAGAAAAUGUGGUUGCCAUCUCAAAUCUCAGCGAGGCUGUGGAGGAUGCAGACCUGCUGGUGUUUGUCAUUCCCCACCAGUUCAUUCACAGAAUCUGUGAUGAGAUCACUGGAAGAGUGCCCAAGAAAGCGCUGGGAAUCACCCUCAUCAAGGGCAUAGACGAGGGCCCUGAGGGGCUGAAACUCAUUUCUGACAUCAUCCGCGAGAAGAUGGGCAUUGACAUCAGUGUGCUGAUGGGAGCCAACAUUGCCAAUGAGGUGGCUGCAGAGAAGUUCUGUGAGACCACCAUCGGCAGCAAAGUAAUGGAGAAUGGCCUCCUCUUCAAAGAACUUCUGCAGACUCCAAAUUUUCGAAUUACCGUGGUUGAUGAUGCAGACACUGUUGAACUCUGUGGUGCUCUUAAGAACAUCGUAGCUGUGGGAGCUGGCUUCUGCGACGGCCUCCGCUGCGGAGACAACACCAAAGCUGCCGUCAUCCGCCUGGGACUCAUGGAAAUGAUUGCUUUCGCCAGGAUCUUCUGCAAGGGCCAGGUGUCCACAGCCACCUUCCUAGAGAGCUGCGGGGUGGCCGACCUGAUCACCACCUGCUACGGAGGGCGGAACCGCAGGGUGGCCGAGGCCUUCGCCAGAACUGGGAAGACCAUUGAAGAAUUAGAGAAGGAGAUGCUGAACGGGCAAAAGCUCCAAGGACCUCAGACUUCUGCCGAAGUGUACCGCAUCCUCAAACAGAAGGGACUAGUGGACAAGUUUCCAUUGUUUACUGCAGUCUAUCAGAUCUGCUACGAAGGCCGACCAGUCCAAGAGAUGUUGUCUUGUCUUCAGAGCCAUCCAGAGCAUAUAUAAAGUGAAACGUGCAACGUGCUGGGGAAAGCUCCGCCUUUCUGAUCCAUCUUUUGGGUUCACGUGGAAACCAGGAUUUGGCAGCAUGAUGUUUGCUUGACCGUAAUCUCAUCAUGGAUAUGUAUGAAUUUUUACAGGUUCAUUUUUAAAUUGUAAGAGGCAGUUCAUUGGCAAAGAUGUCCUGGGCAGCAGCUAAACACACACACACACA